CAAUUUAUGUGUGGUGGGUUUAACCCGAAACCGGAAUGACCCAUUAGGGUCCGGGACAACAAUCCGCAUUCUCUUCACACAAUCACUCCUUCAGUUCAGGCCCUCUGUUCCUAUUCUCCAGUUCCAGUCGCCUGGGAAUCAGAUAAAAAUGGAAGACAACUCUUCUCCUCCAUUUAAGAUAAUAUUGGGAUCUUCUUCCUUUGCUCGUCGGAAAAUAUUGGCUGAAAUGGGAUAUGAGUUCACAAUCAUGACUGCUGGCAUUGAUGAGAAAGCUAUAAGGAAGGAGAAGCCAGAAGAGCUGGUUGUGGCUUUAGCUGAGGCAAAGGCAGAAGCCAUCUUACAAAGGCUCCCUCUUGGUGACUAUGUAUCAGAAGCCGAGCCAACAUUGUUAAUUACUGCUGACCAAGUGGUGGUUUAUGAAGGUAUCAUCCGGGAAAAACCAUCUGAUGAGACAGAAGCACGGCAAUUUAUAAAAGGCUAUUCAGGGGGGUGUGCUGCAACAGUAGGAUCAGUUUUUGUUACAAACCUCAAGACAGGUUUCAGAAAAGGAGAAUGGGACCGAGCAGAGAUUCAUUUCCAUGAAAUUCCAGAGGAAGUCAUCAAAAAGCUGAUAGAAGAACGUACAGUGCUCAAUGUAGCUGGAGCACUGGUCAUUGAACAUCCUCUGAUAAGGCCCUAUGUCAAAGAAGUGGUUGGAACUACUGACAGUGUGAUGGGAUUGCCCAAAGCUCUCACUCAGAAACUCAUAAAGGAAGCCCUCUAGCUGCAUAAGUUGAUCAAAACCCAUUCCUCUCUGUGUACUACCAUUUCGACUAAAACUCAGUUUUAAUCCAAACAUUGGCAUCAGGUCGCAUUUUCCUGAACAGUUGUAUGUUGAAACUAGCUUCGGAAUAUCCCAUUGAAAAUGAAAAUGAAACAGAGCA